GGGACGGCGGCGGCGAUGGCGGCGGCCCUGCGCCAUCUCCCCGCGCCGCGGGCGGCUGGAGGGAGGGGAAAGGCGCCGCUUCUGUCGUGGCUGGGCGGGCCCGGGCGGAGAACGGCGGCGGCGGCGACGGCCUGAGGAGGCUUCCUGUGAGGUGCAUGUGGAUGCUGGGUGUUGACAACUGUUCCUGUCCAGGCUCACCGCUUCGCCUACACCUCUGGGUGCUGUUACGCCCUGAAAUCAACUUAACCCCGCAAUGGCAGCAAAUCCCAUCGUGACGUCAAAGCAGCGAGAGGAAGUGGUACACGGGGUCCCCACGGAGGUGGUGUGCACGGCGUUCUCCAACUCCAUUCUUGUGGUGGUAACGCAGUACGGCAAGCUGGGGACGCUCGUCUAUGUGGACCCCAACACAAUAGGCGACAACAUUGGCAGGCCUUCGCUCACCACAAAAGUGCUACUGGGCAAGGAUGAGCCCCUCGUCCAUGUUUGUGCCAAAAACCUGGUGGCGUUCGUGUCUCAGGAAGCUGGGAACAAACCUGUUCUUCUCGCCAUGGCUUUAAAAGACAAGACCAUGGAAGGAAUACAAGCUCUACGGGAAGUGAUCCGAAGUUGCCAAGUGUGGUGAAGUUGUACCAUCUGGAUUCAAGGAAAUGAUCUUGAGUCCAUGACUCAUCACCACUUUUUUAAAAGGACAAAAAAUGAAAAUGAUGGAAUGUCUUUGUGCUGGUUUUGGACAUACUGAGGAAUUUGAUGAAUUUUUCUCUACUGUGUAGAAUGUUUGUGGGUUUUAUUACUGUGACAGGUUUGCAGUCCAUAUAGUCAGUGAUGAGACAAGCACAAUUGUCUCGACAUACAAGAGAAAUUUUAUUUUUAUCACUUUGGGUGGGUUGUAUAUUUGAGAAACAUGGCUCUGCAUUUGUGUCCUGAGGAGUAAUAGAUGCCAAGCUCUGUAGCUACAGUGUACCGCAAAGGGGAACACCCAGUGCAGAGUGAAUAAAAGAAACAUUGAUGAAUCUAA